AUGUACUCGUUCUGGGUCCUGGUCAUAGUCCGUGGUCAACAAGAUGGCUCAACUGUCAUCGAUUGCUCAUCUUCCUCUGCCGCUGCUGUCGUCUUUGAUCUUGCUCUCGCUGGCUCUCGCUCGGCUGAUAUUACCUUUGAGUACUUAUCGUUUGUCUCGGUCGCAGCGGCUGUCGUUGUCGACAUGCCGCCCAAGAUCGUGCUCAACAUCGCAAACAUCUCGGUCACAAACGGCUCUGGCUACGCGCUGCAGGUCUUGUCCGGUGGCUCGGUCGUUGUCAACGGCGCGACUACCUUACACACGCCGCUCUUACACCACACGGGUGGAGUGGCGGCAUUGAGCUCGAUUGCGCUCGCUGGACUCGACGUCCGCGGCUCGGGAGAUGCACAGUUGGCGCCGGUGACCGUCGUCAACCCGGCAGCAUCGCUGGCCAUUUCCAACUCGCAGUUUGCCGACAUGGUUGUCGACAGCUCGGUCGUUGCGUCUCCUCAGGUUGCUGCGAGCCUGAUCGAUACCAUGAUUGCCAACGUGACAAGCGCAGGCACUGGCGGUACCCUUAUUUCCAACGCUGCACUCAUCUCUGGCUGCGUCUUUGCUGACGUAGCCAUGAGCGGAAGUGGCAAGGCGGUGGUGUCGACGAGCUCGCCGGUGGCCACGCUCCGGGUCGAGACCUCGUCGUUUGUGCGUGUCAGCAUUGACAACAUCUCGCCGAUGCAGGGUGUCAUCCACCGGGGGCCCGGCGGAGCGAUAGAGGUCGUCGACACGGUUGUGUCAGAGUGCCACGCGCCGGCGCUGCUGACGUACACUGUAGCGUCGGGCGUGGUCGUGCGCGACGUCCACUUUUUCGACAACGUCGUGAGCAGCGGGCUUGUGACAGGUUUUGUCUCUACGCCGUCGCUGGUGCUGGAGCGGGCAAGGUUGGAGAGCAACGCCGUGACCGGAGCCGGUGCGACGGUCGAUGUCACCGUUGCGGCCGGCGGCGCGGCCGUGGUCGAUGGCUGUGUCUUUUACAGUAACUCGGCCGGAGGCGCCGGUGGCCUGGCGCUGACCGGCACAACCGGGAGCGUCACUCUCCGUGGCGGGAACAUGUUUCUGGCCAACGCUGGUGCGGGCGAUGGUGGCGGGCUCGCCAUCACGCUGCCGACCGGCACUCUGGUGUCAGACGGGCUGCCGACAGUUUUGACAGGCAACGCUGCGCUUGGCUCGGGCGGUGGCCUCGCGCUCGAGGUGCCUUCUGUCCCGGCCCAGUUUGUCGUCAACGCUACCGAGAACAGGGCCGGCGCCAACGGUGGCGGUGCAUACCUUGUCGCCGUCACGUCGCUGGGCGGACACUGGACGUUGUCGAAGAACUCGGCACAGGCAGCCGGAGGCGGGCUGGCGCUUACUGACAGCGGUGGGACGAGCGGCACGUUUGCGCUUGCAGCGAGUGCGUCGUGGACGCUCUCGAGCAACAGCGCAGGGGCCAACGGCGGCGGGUUGGCGGUGCUGGCGAGCGCGCUGAGCGGGUUCGACGCAACCGCCCCCGAUGCGCUGCUGGAAGUGACUCACAACACGGCGGCAAGUUCGGGCGGCGGGCUGGCGCUGAUGGCGAGCACGGGACACCGGCUGGGAAGCACCGCUGCGGUCCAAGUGACCGGCAACACCGCCGAGGUGUCUGGCGGCGGUCUGUAUGUCGCCGGCAGCUUUGGCAUGGUUGUUUCCGUUGGUGGCGCAACAGUGGCAGGCAACACAGCGACGACCGGUUCUGGCGGCGGCAUGCUGAUGGCGUCGACAGGCGGUGCGCUUGAUGUCCGCGAUGCGCACUUUACAGGCAACCGUGUGCUGUCGGCGCUGGCAACCACUGGUGGCGGCGGCAUCUUUGUGUCGGGCGCCGAGCUCAAUGCGACCCGCACGGUCUUUGCGCAGAACACGGUGACCGGCCUUGGCUCGGCGCUCAUGCUCGCGACCGGGGUGGAUGCGUCGCUGAGUGAGUGCUCUGUCGAGAGCAACACUGGAGCGGGCGCGGCGAUUUACCUUGCAGCCGCCACGCAGCUUGUUGCCAACGCAAGCGUGGUGAGGAGCAACAGUGCUACAUCGAGCCAGCCCGGCGGGCUCUAUAUCGAGGACACAGCGUCGGCGUGGUUUGAUCCACUGGCGGCGGUGUGUGGCAACACGGGCGGAGUGUGUGAACCCAACGUGGUGUGCGGCGGAAGCAGCGCAAAGUCGUACGGCCUGCCCAACGGAUGCGGAACGGGUGGCUCGGCAUGCCGGCAAGGCGUACCUCUGGGUUGCUCGGCGACGGCGCGCAACGCCAAGUGUGCCAGCUGUCGGAACGGGUGGAGCGGCGACGACUGCAGUACCGCGCUCUUGUGCAUCACGCCAGUAUGCGCAGCUCCGGAGAGCGCCAAGGUGCCUGCGUUCUGCCCGGCAUGUGAGCUCGGCUCGGGGCGAACGCCGGACCUGACCGGCUGCAUGGAAUGUACCAACGGCACGUUUGCGACGCUGCCGAGCGAGACUUGCAGCGUUUGCUCAGCCCAGUGCGCGAGUUGCGUUGGGCUAGCGACCAACUGCACAGAGUGCGUAAGCGCGGACCAGGAGCUCGUUGCCGGGCCUGACGGGGUGACUCGCUGUGAGAUGCGGUCAGGCAGCGCUGGAGCGGGAGCUGGGCGUGUGGCUUUCUGGGAUGACGCCUUUGGGACCGGGGCGGUGUGGGCGAGGCCGUCGUCACUCGCGUUGGAGCUGCUGGUGGCGGUGGGCGUCGUGGCGCUCGUGCUUUCGGCGUGGAGCCGCAAACGGGAGGCGCGCAAGUAUGCGACCGAUCCGAUGAAGUGGCGAGCGCUCCCUUUCCCGCUGAUGGUGCUCGCGGAGCACCCGCUCGCAAGUCUUGUGGUUGUUCAGCUGGUGCCGGGCCCGCCGCUGCUGCGGCUGCAAGAACGCGGGCUCUUGCUGGGGCUCUCGCUCGGAGCAUACUUGGCAGCAGCUCUGGCGCUUCCUGUGGCGCGGCACGCAGCAUACUCACCAGGCCAGAGCGCACUCUCGUUCGACCGACUGGGCGACGCAGCUCUUGCAGCGUCGGUGGGCGGGCUGACAAGCACCUUCCUCGCAACGUGGCUCGGUCCUCUGCUUUACGCCGACCCACGGGCAUCGCGGCGACAGGGAUUUGUGGCGAGUGGAUGCGCGGCCGGAGUCGAGGCUCUUGUGAUGGCUGGCCUCACGUCGAUGAUCUGCCUGCGGCCCGAAGGAUUUUCGGUGCCGUGUGUGGCGGCUGUAGUCAGCGCAUCGAUCACGCUCAGUCUGCUCGUCGUAGAGCCGGCUGUGACCACGUUCAGACACUUUGUGCUCGGUGUGCGUGCGAUCCGCGUCGCCACGUGUGGCAAUGGCGGGCUCUUGCGGUCGGCACAGAUUGCAGCUAAUUGGCACACCGAAAGACUUCUCAGCUUCGACCGGGUUGGCAUUGACAUGGACGUGCUGCUGCAGACCCUGCCGCAACGCGCAUCCGAAGCGACCAGCGGUGAGCUCGCAUCGCAGACGCAGCUGUACCGCGUGGUCGUCUCCAACGGUGCGGAGGCCAUGGACUCGCUCGAGUUGCUGGCGACUGAAGGCGACUCGUGCACCCCAGCUGUCUCCGUCGGCGCCGCGCCGCUUGUCGCGGGCCCGGGCUACCAAACGCGGUCGGGCCAGCAGCAGCAGCUCGCUGGGCAAACGGCGCUAGCGGCGGUAUACAUGAUCAAGUAA